AUGAUUUUCAGGGUGAAGAACGACAUAUACGCAGCUUUAACAAAGGCCGCGAUACCUGGGACCUAUCACUGGAUACUCUACUUUGUACUUACUCUCAAAGAGGGAUGGAAGAUGCAUACUACCAAUGAUCGUGGUGAUGUUAGAACUUGGAGAUACGAACGCCAGAUGUGGGCUGGUCCAAACUCCGUCAUGGCGGUGACUUUCACCAAGAUAGGGCACGUUGAUGAUGACUUCACUGUGGAAAUGUUGGAGGAAUAUGUCAGAGGUAUUCCCAUGUCAAUUCCAGAGGUGGAUAUUGGGAAGGAGCGACGCUUUACUUGUCGUGUGCGGUUCAAAGAAGCUAUUCGUCGUUUAAACAGCGCGCAGCUCUUUGUUAACUGCCCUGAUGUGGAUGCUCUGGAGAGAGAGCUCACCCAAAGGGCUUCAGCAUUGGAACUCGGUCAGUUUGGGAACAUGAUGCUUCCCUAUUACUACAUAACGAGACUGGCCCAACCCUGGUCUUAUGUCUAG